AUGGAGCCGGCGCGCGGGCCGCGGGCUGAGGCCGACGCGCACGAGGAGGAGGAGGCGGAGGCGGCAAUGGCUGCCGUGGUGGCGGCGGCCGGUGGCACGGGCCCCGCCGUGCUGCAGGUGGCCGGUCUGUACCGGGGCCUGUGCGCGGUGCGUAGCCGCGCUCUAGGACUGGGGCUCGUGUCCCCCGCGCAGCUGCGUGUGUUCCCGGUGCGCUGCGGCUCAGGCCGGCCCGCGGGGGGUGCCGACGGCAGCGGGGCCGGGGCCGAGCUCGAGGCCAACCCCUUCUACGACCGCUACCGGGACAAGAUCCAGCAGCUGCGCAGAUCUGACCCAGCUGCUUUUGAAUCCCGACUAGAGAAGCGCAGUGAGUUUCGGAAGCAGCCAGUGGGGCACUCCAGGCAAGGUGACUUCAUCAAAUGUGUGGAACAGAAGACAGACCCCUUGGGGAAACAGCCUGUGAGCAGAGGAUUCACUAAGGACAAGACUCUCAGUUCAAUCUUUAACAUUGAGAUGGUGAAAGACAAAACUGCAGAAGAAAUAAGACAGAUUUGGCAGCAGUAUUUUGCAGCAAAGGAUACAGUCUACGCAGUUAUUCCUGAAGAGAAGUUUGACUUGAUCUGGACCCGAGCUCAGUCCUGUCCAACAUUUCUAUGUGCACUACCAAGAAGGGAAGGUUAUGAGUUCUUUGUAGGACAAUGGACAGGUACUGAACUCCACUUCACUGCACUUAUAAAUAUUCAGACCCGAGGGGAUGCUGCAGCCAGCCAGUUGGUUUUAUAUCACUACCCUGAACUUAAGGAGGAAAAGGGCAUAGUGCUGAUGACAGCAGAAAUGGAUACCACAUUUCUGAAUGUUGCUGAGGCACAGUGCAUUGCCAACCAAGUUCAGCUCUUCUAUGCCACUGACCGGAAGGAGACCUACGAGUUAGUGGAGACCUUUAACUUCAGACCAAAUGAAUUCAAAUAUAUGUCUGUCAUCGCUGAAUUGGAGCAAAGUGGACUUGGAGCAGAGCUGAAAUGUGCCCAGAACCAGGAUAAGACUUAGAGCUGUAAGGAUUGGCUUACAGCAUCUGCUCAGCCCUGGAUAGUUUUUUAAAGCCCACCUGCCCCCUUGAACUUUUGGAGCUUAACAGAUAUAAGGAGCAGUCUCUAAUGAGUUGACCUGUGUGCUUAUUGCAAGUAGUAGUCAUGGAGGUGAGCCCUUUUACUUGAUAUUCAGGAAUGAAGGUAGCAGACAUUCUGAGAAUUCUCUGCCAGCGUAUUUAAGCUUUCCUUUUUAAGUGUUUGAGGUCACAACCAGAGAGAGCUAAGGAUCCACAGGAUGGUUGAUUUGACUUUACACAGUGUAAUAGUGCUAUGCACCGUACAGCUCCCAAAUGAUUAGUUCCUCAUAUGUAUAAACUUGUGACAGGGUAAUAAGCUUGACGACCUGCUGUAGUUAGACGUGGGCUUUGCAUACUCUUCCUGUGUGCCCCUUGGCUGACCAAAGGCAUAGCCCAAAUAUCCUGUUUAGAAUCUAGAACAACCAGAUAUUGCUAUCAGGAUUAAGACUUAAUGUAGAUGUCCCCAGAGUUGCCUUUAGUGUAGCUGGUUUGGAGGGUCUUGUAGAUUUCAAGUGUAGUUAAAUACACCAGUAUGGUGCCUGCGUACUGUUAAACCAUAGUUUGUGGUACCUCCUCCUCUAGAAGCUGUGUAUUUGGAGGGGGGGAGUCAGUACAGUGUCAACAAAUCAACACUUCUGUAAGGAAAGGAUUGGUCCAGAUUUGCAUGUUUUGCUUUGUUUGUUUUAAACAACUCUAAACCAUGCCAGUAUUAAAUGAAAAAGUAGGUGGAAGCAAAUGUUCCCAGAUUGGGUGUGGGGAAAAUGUAGCAAUAAAAUAAAGUCUGGCUUACAGUCUUU